AUGUCAUCUCAACAAGUCCUCAGCGCUCUUGGCCAUGCCGUGUCUGGCUCAGUGGGCACAGCCAUAUCAACAGCAUCUUUGUAUCCAUUGGACCUUGUCACAACCCGGCUCAAAGCGCAACGCAAGAGCUGCGACUCCCUGGGUAAUUACGAUGGUGUAAUCUCCGCUCUGAGAGGAAUCCCCGCAAACGAAGGUGGGCUCAAGGCUCUCUACAGUGGAGUAGGACCAGACGUAGCCAAGUCAGUCGUGGACAGUUUCCUUUUCUUUGGCUUUUACAACUACCUACGGCCUCGGCAUCGGAGACCCAGUGUCAUCGAGGAGCUCCUCGUUGGAGCGAUCGCAGGUGGUUGUGCCCGAGCUUUAACCACGCCCAUUUCCAAUGUUGUAACAAGGAAACAGAUGCUGGGUAGUGACAAGUCUUUCAUGGGAAUCCUCUCUGCAAUCCGAGAGGAGAAUGGCUUGAUCGGCCUCUGGUCUGGUUACUCAGCUACUCUGAUUUUGACUCUCAACCCCAGCAUCACAUUCUUUGUCAAUCGCCGGCUUGCAGCACGCAUUAUACCAGCGCUUGAAGAAGAGGACAUCCCAGUAGCAUGGAUAGCCUUCUUAAUUGCCGCCACAAGCAAAGCCAGUGCUACAGCUAUCACAUAUCCUUUCCAAACAGGCAAAACCCGUCUCCAAAUGGCGAAUGGCACCGCCCAGUCAGCAAGGGAAACCCCAGAAGAUGGAAUGUCAGGGCCUGAGCAUAUGCUGAAAAGGAUCGUUGAAUUUCUGAAUCAGUCCAUAUAUGGUGUCAUCAUUCGUAUCAUCACAAAUGAGGGUGCAAGAGCAUUGUACGCUGGACUCCAGGGCGAACUGCUGAAAAGCUUCUUCAGUCACGGGCUCACAAUGCUCACCAAAGGUGUUAUUCAUAGAUUUGUUCUUCGUGUGUGGUUUAUGAUGUUAUUGCCUCACCUACGACAAAGACGACUGCGGAUGAAGUAA